AAGAGUUAACGCAGCGAAUGGAGCAGCUGACACAGGAGGCCGAGAGCCUGGCUGCCAGAGGAACACUCAAGGACAGCAUAAUCUCCACUCUCGCUUCUCAGAUCCGAGCCAUUCUCAGAUCAGGCAAUAUGAGUGUAGUCAUCAACCAGCUGCGUCGCCUAGGAGAGGGUGACCCGAUUGGGGAGUCACCAGCCGAGGGCACACAGGGUCACCCGCCCACCACCAGCCCGAUGCCCACUGUGCCGGACUUCGAUGUUGAUGCUGUCUGCUCAUUCCUCAGUCAACCCAGUGAGGACUUGAAAAUCUAGAUAUGGAAUUCGGCGUGAGCGUGAGACAGGAUAGAGCCAAUUGCCUCUCCUAAGAGAAGAUGGCUUAUUUGUCUCAGUCCGCCAUCUCGAACGGGACGGAGCCAUCUAGUCACGUGACCCUGCAGUCUGAUGUCUCUUUAGCUCUCUCUGCGACAGAGCUCAGUGGUCGCGUGACCUGCCACGGCUCUUCUUCAUUGGCUCAACGUAGAAAGUCUCGCAUACCACGAUACAUGCCCUCUUCUGUGCCCAGUGCAAAACCUGCAUCUAAGCCAGUGCGUAUGGUUAAGCCCGAUGUUGUGCCUGAACAGUCAGUUAAACCAGAGGCAGAGCCGGUGCAAUUUGUAAAGCCUGCACCGAGCCCUGCCCCUGCGAGCAGACCUGUGUCAGUUCACACGAGAAUUGCAGAACCUACGCCAGAACCUAGGCGGGAGUUCAAGCAAACUCCAGCAAAACCUACACCUAUGUUGAAGCCCUUGGCGACCUCUACUCCAGCAAAACCCACGGGCAGAAAGGAUUCGACCAGACGAGAACGGCCGGGAAGGUUUCUCUCCGACGCGCGGAAGGUCAAGCGGAUGGUGACUGGCGUGGCCCCGUUGGACGCAGCGGUAGACUGCUCUUCGGCCCCGGAGUGGCGGGAGCGGUCCCCCAUUUCAACGCCGUCAGAUGUGGAAGCUACGUGCGUUCCGCGCCCGCAGAGCCUGCACAUCACCCGGCGAGUCGGCGUUGACGGUGUUGUCAUCGCAUGGGCGCCCUUGGACCAUGAUUGUGUCGCUGGGUUCCAGGUCCUUGUGGGAGGACGGGUUGUACAGCAUGUCAGGUCCCCUCACCGCACAAAAGCUCUGGUGACCGGGCUGCCCCUAGCCGGCGCCUUCACCAUAGGUUUAGUUACGGUUUCUCACGACGGGCGCUGUUCUACGCCUGUCAUCGUCACCCAGGACCGGUCGAGGGUCUACCCAGGAAGAAGCGCCCCUUCACGCCCGACGCUACAGAGAUGCGUCCCGACUUGCCUCUGACCUGAGCAGUCUGACCUAACCUAACGUUCCGAGGGGACCGGCCCGGGACCCACCUGGAGCCAUCCAGUGACCCAGUCACCCAGCCGUCCAUGACCUUUCUUUGCUGGAGAGAAAGUCUGCUUGGGAUGUUGUUAGAAGCAGCAUUGAUUGGUGAUAUUCUAAAUUUGUUAAUAUUUGCUCGAAUAUUUAUUAGUAGUAUUUUAAUACUACACAUUAUCUUGUUAAGAAGUAUUCCAUGAUAAUCAGUGCCUUAAAUUUGGACAUAAUUACUGUAUUGGAGUAAUGACUUGGUAAUCGAAUUGUAAUGCAUUACGGGAAUGUAAGCAAUAUGUAAAUUAUUUGAUGAAACAAUCAACCCAUUUGAAACAACACAGAACACGCAUAGUGUUACUAUGCAGGUUGCUCUGGCGGAAUUAUCACAUGAUAGAAACAGCUGCAGUUAUGUAUCCGUUCUCUCUGGUCGGCCCUCACCAAUUUCAGUCUCUUGUCAUAUCUGUGCAUUUACCCAAAAAGAAUACCAUUUUUGUCUUUUGUUUUUUGUUAUUCUGUCUUCCCACAUUUAUAAGCCCUGUAUAUCAAAGAUGUGAAAGUACAGCGUCUACGGGAACUAACUAUGGCAUGUGACCUCUGUUUAUAUAAUGGUGAAUAUACACAAUACCAUAACAUCGACUAACAACGCAACGAGUUCUUUGAAUACCAAAUUAAGUCUAGACCUGUAUUAUGAGAUCGUGGUUAAGAGUUAGUAUUGAUUGCAUGUACCAUCAUAAUUAGUUGGCAUGUUCUUAAACUAUUUGUUUGAUCUAAUGUAACUUUAAGAUACAAACUAUUUUUAGCAGUCCUCCGUUAGAAUGCGUAUUCUGGCAGUGUUUUUAGGAAGCUUUUAAAUCUUAUUGCUGUGGUAAAUGUAACAGUAGAAAUUCCUUUUAUACUUUGCAAGUGAAUAAACGUUUCUUUUUUAUAAGAUCAAUACAUAAGCAGAUUUAUAUUUCAGCAUUGCCAUAAUUAAAGCUGAAGUGAAGGGCUGAUAUUGACAGCAUUUUAUGAUUUGUGUUAUAUGAUUUGGGUAGUUUUUGGUCCGGAUAAAAGCUGCACAGCUGCCUCAUUGUUACAAGAAGCAGACAAAUCACUUGCCUGUUGGAGUAAUGACUUUUGAAGAUUAAUAUUUUUUCAGACUUUUUUGAAGUGAAUGCAAUCUUUACUACAUAUACGUUUUGUGGUGCUGUGUGUUUUACUCGAGACCAAAUGAUGAGCAUGAUUGUUUGAGAUGUUUUGCAAGGUCAGUUUGGGCUUGUGGUUGUUAUUCUCUUCAUUUUCCCUUUACCAAGGUUUUGCUUCAUUAUCAUUUUAUAUCUUAUCAUGUAAUUUAUUUACUACAAAUGAUACUGUAGGAAAAAUUCUGAGCCGGAUGGCACCUCAUUAAUUUGAUUUCUUAUGUACACAGUCUGCUAAAUUUUAUUGCAGGUAAACAUAGGAAAAAGGUAUUGUAUAUAAUUUGUAUAGUGCCAAAUAAAACUAAAGAACCGUAUUUAAAUUGAAUUUGAAAAAAAGAGUUCUGAAAACUUGUUUUUAUCCAUCACUUUGUACAUAGGAUUUGUAAUUGGCAUAUUGUUAUUCUAACCAAAUACAAAAUACGACUGAU